AUGGACGCCCCGCGCCGCCGCCCCCCUGCCCCGCGCCGCUCACCGCCCUGGCCCCCACCGGGCUCCGACACGGACGACGUCCUGCAGAUCAUGGCCAUCACCGACCAGAGCCUAGACGAGGUGCAGGCCAGAAAGCAUACUCUGAAUUGUCAUCAGAUGAAGCCUGCUCUCUUCAGUGUGCUCUGUGAGAUCAAGGAAAAGACAGGGUUGAACAUUCGUGGCAUUCCGGAAGAGGGUCCCCCCGACGCUCAGCUCCUAAAGCUGGAUAACAUGCUGCUGGCCGAGGGCAUGUGCAGGCCGGAGAAGCAAGGAAGAAGAGCACAGGCGGCGGCCGGCACAGCAACACCAGGUGGCUGUCCAAAUGACAGUGGCCUUGAGCACUCUGACUACAGGGCCAAGCUGUCCCAGAUCCGACAGAUUUACCACUCUGAGCUAGAGAAAUAGGAACAGGCCUGCCGUGAGUUCAGCACGCGUGUCACCAGCCUUCUCCGGGAGCAGAGCAGGAUGAGGCCUGUCUCGCCCAAGGAGGUCGAGCACGUGCUGGGCAUCCUGCACGGCAAGUUCAACAGCAUCCAGAUGCAGCUGAAGCAGAGCACCUGCGAGGCCGUGAUGACCCUGCGCUCGAGGUUCCUCGAUGCCAGGCGUAAGCGGCAGGAUUUCAACAGGCAAGCCACGGAAGUGCUGAAUGAAUAUUUUUAUUCCCAUUUGAACUACCCUUACCCCAGUGAAGAAGCCAAAGAAGAGCUGGCCAGGAAGGGUGGCAUCACGGUCUCCCAGGUCUCCAACUCGUUCGGCAACAAAAGAAUCCGGUAUAAAAAGAACAUGGGGAAGUUUCAAGAAGAGGCUACCAUUUACACAGGUAAGAUGGCAGAGGACACCACCGACGUCAGGGGCCCGGGGAGCCAGGCCAGCUGCCCUUUGAGGCCCAGCUCCAGUUCCUCUGGUCCCUUCCCGAUGACCAGCACCAGCGACACACUUAUCACCCUGCAGACGCUGGCCUCCCUCCGGCCCGCCCCUGGGGAAGGCAGCCUUCUGGGCCAGGCCAGGGGCGGCUGGCAGGUGAGGCGAAUGUCAACCACUUCACCUAUUGGAGACCCCGGCAGUGUCACCUCAGACGCAUCUAAGUGUUGGGAUGAGCAGAAAAGAGGACAGUGUGACCUGCCUUGGUUCCCUGGAAUUCAUGUUACCUCAGAAAACCCAGAACUGACAGCAGACAGCACUCUCUGAGCUGACGGCAGGCGACACCGGUACCAUCUUUUGCUUGUCAGCUGGGGUUUGAAAUGGGCUGAGACACUGCUCGUUCUGCCAGCUCUGUUUGGUUUUUUUAAUAGUAAUUUUAUGGUUAAGGCUGAAUUGUUUCUUCCAGGACUUGGCACAAAUUCUCCCAUUACAAUCUUGGACUGAUUUUAAUUUCGAUGUCGUUCACUCCCAGAUUUGUUCCUGCCAAUGGCUGACCACGCAGGUGCAGGGCUGCAGCUGCGCAGUUGGGCGGGUUGUGAUUUUGUUUGCUCGUUUGUCCAUCCGUGUGCCAACUCUCCCAGACACUGCCUUCCGCACUCUCUUCUGCUGUGUCAUUUCA